GCGGUCCAGCGCCGCAACCGCCGCGGCCGCCUCCUCCCCGCCUCCCACUCCCCCACCCUCCCUGCUUGCGUCCCUGCUGGGAGGGGGCGGGCGGGGGGCGGAGGCGGAGGCGGAGCCUCGGCACGGCUCCCACUGUCCCCGGCUGCCGGCCACGCCUCCCUCGUUCCUACAACUCCCGACCCUUCUCCUUGCCCGACCCGCCCGGCUAGUAGUUCUUCCCGGCUCCCGGCCCCGCCCUUCCCCUCUUCCUACCCUGCUCCGCUCCAAUUCCGGCUCUUCUCGGCUCCCGCCCUUGACCCUUCUCCUCCGGCGGCUCCAGGUCCAACUCCACACCUGGCCCCGCCUGCCCUCCCGCCGCCCGGCGGUAACCCGGUUCUUUGUCCUUAAAAGGAGGCCGUUUCCUGCCCGGCGAGAGGUUUUGUCAGGGGCGGACUCAGGGUCUGUGAGGCUUGAAGCUCAGGCUUUGUUAUAUUUUUGCGGCAUGGAUGGCUGGGUCCUUUAAGAAAAAGAUUCAAAAUCCAAAUACAGUAGUGCUAGGGCCCCUGCCUGGGCCUGCCCGCGAAGCUUGAGACUCAAGCCUCGCGGGAGAUCCGGCCCUGAAGGCUGCGGUGGACGUCCCCGGCUCCCAAACCCUGCUGUUAAGGCAAUGUGGAGCCCUCCCGAGACCCUCACUCGCCGAGCCGGCUCCUUUGUCUUCUAGGCUUUGGUCGCGACGCUGAGGUAAACGCUGGUCCAGCGGACCCCGGCAAGGCACGUUAGGCGUAAACGGAGGCUUUUCUGUGGACAAGAUUCCAAUUAAACGCAGUUUCUCAGACCUGUUUCGUUGAUCUAAUUUGUUUGCCUGGGAUGCGCCACGUUUGGUAGGGGGCAGACAACGACAACAGAUGCGUUGUUUCUCUAGGAGUUUGGUAUCUCCUUGCAGAAAUGACUACCUGUUCUUACUUUAUAUUAAGGAAAAUGGAAAAUUGCACAAUGCUGUUCUCACAAAGGGACAUUAUUAAAAGCCCUUUUUUUUUUUUUUUAAGUUGCAUGUGAGUCCUGGAUACUCGAAAGCAAAUGAAAAAAUGUCCAGAAUCCUAGAUGGAUUUUCUUUAUUUGAGGCUUGAAUUAAGCCUGUUCUUUCUCCUUCCUUCUCUACCACUUCGUUAUUAUUAGUUACGUUUCACUAAGAUGUUUUAAUGACUAUCUUAUUGUGAGCAACAUAUAGCCAUUAUUUCACAAUACAUUAACGUCUACAUUACAUCUGUGGUAAUGCAGUGUUUCCACACUAUUGUUUAUAAAAUUUUUCCUUAACCACCAAACCAAACCCGUUGCCGUCAGUCAAUUCCGACUCAGCAACCCUAUAGGACAAAGUAGAACUGCCCCCAUAGAGUUUCCAAGGAGCACCUGACCUGUCGACCUGUUGAUGAGCAGCUGUAGCUCUUAACCACUAAGCCGCCAGGGUUUCCAUAACAUUCCUUAAAAACAUGCCAAAUCUUGUUAUGUUAUUGUCAUGUGCUGUGGAGUCGGUUCUGACUCAUAGCGACACUAUGUACAACAGAAGGAAACACUAGUCCUGCACCAUCUCACUAUCGAUGUUGUGCUUGAGACCUUUAUUGCAGCCACUGUGUCAGUCAUCUUGUUGAGUGUCUUCCUCUUUCUUGCUAACCCUCUACUUUACCAAGCGUGAUUUCCUUCUCCAGGGACUGAGCCCUCUGGAUAACCUGUCCAAAGUACAUGACAUGAAGUCUAUUCAUCCUUACUUCUAAGGAGUAUUCUGGCUGUACUUCUUCUAAGACAGAUUUGUUCCUUGGCAGUCAGGGGUAUAUUCCAUUAAUUAAAAGGCGUUAAUUCUUCUUUUGGUCUUCUUUAUUGUCUUAGUCAUCUAGUGCUGCUAUAACAAAUACAAGCGGAUGGCUUUAACAAAGAGAUGUUUACGUCCUCACAGUAAAGUAGACUAAAAGUUCAAAUUCUGAGCAUCAGCUUCAGGGGAAGGCUUUCUCUCUCUGUUGGCCUUCUUAUCAAUCUUCCCCCCAGGAUAGGAGCGUCUCUGCAUGGGGACCCGGGUCCAAAGGAUGCGCUCUGUUCCCAACACUGCUUUCUUGAUGGCAGGAGGUCCCCCACUCUCUGCUUGCUUCCCUUCCCUUUUAUCCCUUGUAAGAUAAAAGGUGGUGCAGGCCACACCCCAGGGAAACUCCCUUUAGGUUGGAUCAGGCAUGAGACCCUAGGACGUUACAAUCUUACCCUAAUCCUCUUUAACAUAAAAUUACAAUCACAAAAUGGAGGAUAACCACGCAAUACUGGGAAUCACGGCCCAGCCAAAUUGAUACACACAUUUUUGGGGGGACAUAAUUCAAUUCAUGACAUUUAUACAUUGUCCAGCGUUCCCAUGCAUAUGAGGCAAUUGAAAUACCAUGGCUUUCGUCAGAUGCACCUUAUUCGUUGAAGUGACAUCUUCGCUUUUCAACAGUCUAAAAAGGUUUUUUUGCAACAGAUUUGCCCCAUGCAAUAUGUUGUUUGAUUUCUUGACCGCUGCUUCCAUGGGUGUUGAUUGGGGACCCAAGUAAAAAGAAAUCCUUGACAACUUCAAUCUUUUCUCCGUUUAUCAUGAUGUUGCUUAUUGGUCCAGUUGUGAGGAUUUUUGUUAUCUUUAUGUUGAGCCAUAAUUAAUAAUGAAGGCUGUAGUCUAUGACCUUCAUCAGUAAGUGCUUCAAGUUCUCUGCACUUUGAGCAAGUAAGGUUGUGUCAUUUCUAUAUCGCAGGUUGUUAAUGAGUCUUCCUCCAAUCCUGAUGCCUCAUUCUUCUUUAUAUAGUCCUGCUUCUUGGAUUAUUUGCUCAGGAUACAGAUUGAAUAAGUAUGGUGAAAGGAUACAACCCUAUUGCCCACCUUUCCUGACUUUAAACCAUACAGUAUCCCUUUGUUCUGUUUGAAAGACCACCUCUUGGUCUAUGUACAGGUUUCUUAUGAGCAUGAUUAAGUGUUCUGGAAUUCCCGUUCUUGGCAAUAUUACCCAUAAUUUGUUAUGAUCCACAUAGUCGGAUACCUUUGCGUAGUCAAAAACAAGGUAAACAUCUUUCUGGUAUUCUCUGCUUUCAGCCAAGAGCUAUCUGACAUCACCAGUGAUAUCCCUUGUUCCACAUCCUCUUCUGAAUCCAGCUUGAACUUCUGGGAGUUCCCUGUUGAUGUACUGCUGCAACUGCUUUUGAAUGAUCUUCAGCAAAAUUUUACUUGUGCGUGAUAUUAAUGAUAUCGUUUGAUAAUUUCCACAUUCUGUUGGAUCACUUUUCUUUGGAAUAGGCACAAAUAUUUAUCUCUUCCAGUGAGUUGGCCAGGAAGCUCUCUUCCAAAUUUCUUGGCAUAGACAAGCGAGCACCUCCAGCCCUGGUGUUUAUUUAAACAUCUCAGUUGGUAUUUCGUCAAUAUCUGGAGCCAUGUUUUUUGCCAAUGCUUUCAGUGCAGCUUGGACUUCUUUCCUCAGUAUCAUUCGUUCUUGAUCAUAUGCUACCUCCUGGAAUGGUUGAGCGUUGACCAACUCUUAUUGGUACGGUGACUCUGUGUAUUCUUGCCAUUUCUUUUGAUGUUUCUUGCGAUGUUCUAUAUUUUCCCCAUAGAAUCCUUCAAUAUUGCAACCAGGGGCUUGAAUUUUUUCUUCAGUUCUUUCAGCUUGAAAAAUGCCAAGCAUGUUCUUCCCUUUUGGUUUUCUAACUCCAGGCCUUUGCACAUUUCAUUGUAACACUUCACUUUGUCUUCUUGAGCUACCCUUUGAAAUCUGUUCGGCUUACCUAUUUGACAUUCAAGAGCAAGUUUCAGAGUCUCUUCUGACAUCCAUUUUGGUCUUUUCUGCCUUUUUAAAGACCUUUUUCUUUCUUCGUGUAUAAUGUCCUUGAUGCCAUUCCACAACCUGUCUGGUCUUUGGUCAUUAGUGUUCAAUGCAUCAAAUCUAUUAAAGAUUGGGAAACUGGGAUAAUGAUGGGACAAAAAGAAAAUAAAUGCAACAGGAUCAUAUUUCAAAUAGAUGUAAUCCAUGUGUCCAGCUUCUGAGUAAAAAUCUCUAUGUAGUAUGGUUUAUACAGUUACUUAAUGUUUCUUUAAUUUAGUAUUUUUUAAAGAUUGGCAUACAAUUGUUCCACUAUAUACUGUGAAUUUGUAUUUAGUAUUAAGUACUUGGUUUUGUAACAUAAACCCAUUGCUAUUGAGUCUAUUCCAACUCAUAGUGACCUGACAGGGCAGAGUAGAACUGCCCCAUAGGGUAUCCAAGCCUGCAGUCUUUACAGAAGCAGACUGCCACAGAGUGGGUGGUGGGUUUGAACUACUGUCUUUUUGGUUAGUAGCCCAGCACUUAACCACUGCGCCACAGCAUACAACAAGGGAAAUGAAUGGGAAAUGCUAAAACAAUAGGCUAUAUAUCAUAAGAACGCAAUACAAUUUUCUGUUGCCAAAAUUGGAUGAAGGAAUUCCCUUUUGACUAAGUCCACUGUAGCUGGUAUCCAGGGCUAAUGUUAGUGCCUAAAUUGCAUUAUCUUCCAUAGAGCUAUAUAUGCUCAUCUCAAAACUCACUCAUUGGUACCUGCAAACCACUACUAAAUGUGACCCUAAUCAAGAAAAUUGGUUGUGUUUUAAAAUAAUUAGUUUUCUGUAUAUAUUUUAGUGCCGUAGACUGCCAUUCCAAAUUAAACUUGCUUUUGGUAUAUCAUUUUACAACUUUGAUUUAUAAUUCAUUACCUCAGCGCACGCGGGGAGGCUGUGUUGUGAAUUCUACACUGGUAAACUACUUGGUGAAAACCAUGCUUUGGAUUUCUAAUGUAUGUAAAUAUAUUUAAAAUCAAGCUAGGUUUAAUUUUGUGCCUGAUUUUCUACAUUGAAAAUAUGGAUUUAUUAUCUGGAGGUUAUAGUUGAUGACAUUUUGGUCUUAUAUUAAUAAUAUGUUUGCUGCUGCUACCAAGAGCUUUGUCAAGCAAGUUGGAGAUGGAGGGAGAUUAGUUCCUGUUCCAAGCCUCAGUGAAGCUGACAAAUACCAACCCCUAAGUCUGGUGGUAAAAAAGAAGCGAUGCUUUCUGUUUCCUAGAUAUAAAUUUACCUCAACACCUUUUACACUGAAAGACAUUCUCCUAGGAGACAGAGAAAUUUCAGCUGGUAUUUCAUCUUAUCAAUUACUGAAUUAUGAAGAUGAGUCAGAUGUUUCACUCUAUGGAAGGCGGGGCAACCAUAUUGUGAAUGAUGUUGGGAUUAAUAUCGCUGGAUCAGAUUCCAUUGCAGUAAAAGCUUCAUUUGGUGUAGUAACCAAACAUGAAGUGGAAGUAUCAACAUUACUCAAGGAAAUUACUACACGAAAAAUUAAUUGUGACCACAGCUUAAUACGUCAGUCAAGGAGCAGCAGAAAGGCAGUACUGUGUGUGGUCAUGGAAAGCAUUCGAACCACACGGCAGUGCUCACUGUCUGUACAUGCUGGAAUCCGUGGGGAAUCAAUGCGGUUUCAUUUUAUGGAUGAACAGAAUCCCAGAGGACGAGACAAAGCUAUUGUUUUUCCGGCACAUACAACCAUUGCUUUCAGUGUUUUUGAACUCUUCAUUUACCUGGAUGGUGUCUUUGACCUUUGUGUCACUUCAGUGUCAAAAGGAGGAUUUGAAAGGGAAGAAACGUCAACAUUUGCACAGUUCUACAGAUUGAGAAAUAUCCUAUUUGAAAGAAAUAGAAGAGUGAUGGAUGCCAUUUCUCGCUCACAGCUUUACUUGGACGAUCUUGUUUCCGACUUCUAUGACAAACCUCUCAGUAUGACUGAUAUUUCACUCAAAGAAGGGACUCAUAUCCGAGUUAAUUUACUCAACCACAACAUUCCGAAAGGGCCCUGCACACUCUGUGGAAUGGGGAACUAUAAAAGGGAGACGGUUUAUGGGUGCUUUCAGUGUUCUGUUGAUGGCCAGAAGUAUGUGAGGCUUCAUGUAGUUCCUUGCUUUGAUAUUUGGCACAAGAGAAUGAAAUAAAAUGAAAAGUGAAUAUACCUUGCUGAUGUUUUAGGUGCAGUUGUGCCAUAAACCUUUCCAAAAUUAUCUAGGUUCGCUUUGAUGAGUUGUGACAAAAUAAAAAGCAAAUUUAAUAAUAUUGUUUACUAUCAAAGAAGUUUUAAAUAUAAAUUUCACAAUAUAGAUGUUACUUCAUAAAAUUUGCCAGUCACUUUAGAAACAUUUUUUGUGAUUUAGGUCUAUCAUUUUAGAGAACAACUUAUAUAAUUAAGAAGUUUUUUUUUUUUUUCCCUAAAUAUGUUUUCUUUUUUAUUGUGAUAAAUAUGUAUGUAUCAAAACAUUUGCCAUUUCAGCAAUCUUCACAUUUACAGUCCAGUGACAAAAAUUACGUUCAUCAUGUUGUUCCACCACCAAUUUUCUUUGUAAUCAGUCUUUAAUCCUACAUUUAAGGAUGACUUGAAUGCACAGGUAGUGACUUGAUGUGCUUUAACUUUUGCUCUA